AAUGGGAAAUCAGCAAUGAGGCUUCUCCAUAUGUUGAGAUGAUGGUCAAUAUGACACUCAGAAAGGCGACAUGAUGUUCGAGAUCAAAGGUGUCCUUCCAAAAGAGGAUAAUGCAUGGUGAGUACAUUUCAAUAAUACCAAAAAUGUUGACUUCAAGCAUGAUUUUGACCCAUCUCCAAAAUACAGGUAUGUCCAAACAGAGAUAGAUGAAGAGAAAGAGGGUGAAGGCGACAGCUAUCGUGCCAGAAAGCCUAAGGUUUACUCUGAAGAUCUCUAUAACUUGGAUAGUGUCCUAAUCUACAGCCAAAAAUGUCUAACUGGAGGGAGAAGAAUCAAUAAAAAGGCUGGGCUUGAUUGUAACAUACUAUACUCUGACUCUGACGAAUUCGCAAGAGUAUCAAAAGUCAAUAACACGCACACAUAUUUCCCUGAGAAAUCUCUCGUUAGCCCUGGUUUACCAAACGAUUCCAUCAGGCAUAGCUUGAUGAACAGAAAGCCUCGAUAUGUGUUUAAACUAGAUGAAAAACUGAGAAAUUUCAGGAGUGGUUCUGUUACCAAACUUAAGCAGUACUGUGAGAACAAGCUUGUAAACUUCGGAACCCCUGUUCGGCUAGAAAAAGAGCACAAUUUGUUCUAUUAUUCAUUCGAGUUGUAUGAAGACCAAAAUAUAAAGAAGAGGGAAGAUGAAUUUUUAAGCCAAAUUAUGAUGGUAGAGGAAAAAGCCAAAUCAAACAAGUUCAUAUUGAACGAAACUCCGAGGUACAGAAUGAGUAUCGAUGAGAUUCCAGAGCCAAGUCCUAAAACUGUUCCUCUAGUUCGAUUUGAAACAAGUGAUUCCCAAAGAAGGAACCCUGAUUUCUCAGGACUAAAACAAAAGGGAAUUCUGAAAAAUAUUGAUCAUACUUAUACUCCAGAUGUUCAUAACAAAUAUAUUAAGGCUAAAGAUAGCUCUUAUAGACAUAUUUAAGUCCGACGCUGAGGGUUCUCAUCAGCAUCACCAAGAGUUAUUAGAAAAUACACCGAAAAACUCGAUUUGAAAAGACCUGAAUAAUGACUUUAAAGAAGAAGAAAAAGGUCAGGAUAGUACUCUCAGAGUUUACAACAUCACUAACGAGGUUGAAAAUACGUUCGAUGCGAAAUCUGAUCGAUCCUAUGACGAUAGAAUCCAUAUUGAUAUGAGACGAAGGAGUAGCUCCCCUCCACCUAUGAUUGAUCAGGAAACUGUUAAUUCAAAGGUGAACGAGAUCUUACUCACACCGAGGAGUAAACGGAGUGAGGAGAAUCCUACCCCUGAAACCCAAAUGCAAACUGAAGAGAAAAAGAAUCAACCUCCUAGUGAAACAAAUACUGUUCCUAUUGCAGGGCAAUCUAGGCAUAUUCAAAGAGCUUUUCAAGAAAUUGGCCCUAACAAUGCAAAUAUUUCAGAAAGUUUUGCAGUUAAUAAUCAAGAAGAACGCAAAUGGGAUGAAUUUGAUCAUUUAGAUGCUUCUCAAGAGAAACUAGAUGAUGAUGAACAAAUCAGUAUCAAUACUAUUGAGUCCAGAAGCUCUAAGUUCAGUGAAGGCAAGGAUAAUAAAGGAGAAGAAGGAUCGAAUACUUCUCAGGCUAGAGACUAUAAACUUCCAGAGCAGGAUCCUCAUGAUUAUAAUUCCCCUAAAGUUCAUUCGGCUGGUUCUUGAGAUCUUCAUCAUCAAAAUCACAUACACAAGUCAAACUCAUAUUCAAAAGCUAUUUCUCAAUCUGAACGAUAUGCUUACAAUAACGGAUACAACUAUGAAGAUGAUUUGAGAAGCCAUCAACAAGAAGACUACAACGGUUUGGGUCAAGAAUACUAUUCAAACUUUGGGAAUAUUCAAUCUCAAAAUCCUCACAACGCAGAGCAGGAGUAUAAUCAGCAGCAUAUGAUAGCUACUGGUGGAUAUUAUGGAGAACAGAGAGAAGAGCAUCCACAAGAAGGCCAAAAUCUCAAAGAAUAUUAUCCUCAAGGAGUUUAUGCACCUGCACAAGAGGAUAUGGAGCCAUUGGUUACAUACCAAGGAGAGCUCCUCCAAUUUGAAAAUUUCGGGGAGCCAAACAUUAUUCAAAGAUGGUGUGUUGUCUAUAAUGGUAGCAUUUGGGUUUAUAACACAGGAAAUCAUCAGUCGCUAGCCUUUGAGAUUCCUUUAAAUUCCAUUUGAAAAAUCAACCAGACAGUUUUCACGUGGCAAGGUCAGAACUGGUACAUAUUUGAGCUAGUCAUAUCAACUGCCAAGCAUAGUCAAAUUGAAAACCGCAGUGAUCCUGGUAGAACUCAAGGAUUUACAGAGAAUUUUAAUACAAAUUACCAAGACCAGAAUCUUUCAAUGACUAAUCCUGCAAAAAGCGUUGAUCAGAAGAUUGAUGACUUAUUUGGGGAGAAUGAAAAUAACCCAAGGCCUCAAAAUAAUAGUCGAUACUGUGGUCCAGUCGAUUAUGAGUAUCUCCAGCAGACUACUAAAGAACAAAUGUUAGAUCCUGAGUAUAAGUUAGGGGUUUCCCCAGAUUUCUUCCAAUCAAAUAAUUCCGACCCAGAGAGGCACUAUGGAAAUAACGAAGAAUUUGGAGAACUUACCCAGGAUACCAAAGUUGUUACCCUUGGAUCUGGUAGUUAUCCUGUUAUCCAGGGGUGGAUUAGCCACAUUAGUUCCUAUAUGACAUAA